GUUCACUUCCUCGUUGUGGAUACCUCAUGUGACAAGUUCCAAUUUCUUUUUAAAGUCAAUUUAACUGAAGUAUCUUUGCUGCCUUUGAAAUCUUUGGAGAGAGCCCUCCUUCAAGCAUUCUCAGUAUGGGAACACCUGCUGGUUCUAUCAUAAUGCAGUGUCUGGCCUGGGUGCUUCUGCUGUGCUCCUCUGCAAUGGCACAGCCACACAGAGAUCCCGCUUUGGAUCAUCACUGGGAUCUCUGGAAGAAAACUUACGGCAAACAAUAUGAGGAAAAAAUCUAUGCAGUCUGGUGCAGUCCUCUUUCCUGUUGCUUUCUCAGGAAUGAGGAAGUAACACGGCGUCUUAUCUGGGAAAAGAAUCUGAAAUUUGUGACUCUGCACAAUCUGGAGCAUUCAAUGGGGAUGCAUUCAUAUGACCUAGGCAUGAACCACCUGGGAGACAUGACAAGUGAAGAAGUAAUGUCUUUGAUGAGUUGCUUGACAGUUCCCAGCCAAUGGCAGAGAAAUGUCACUUACAAAUCAAACCCUAAUCAGAAAUUGCCCAAUUUUCUGGACUGGAGAGAGAAGGGGUGUGUUACUGAAGUGAAAUACCAGGGUGCCUGUGGUGCUUGUUGGGCUUUCAGUGCUGUGGGAGCCCUGGAAGCACAGCUGAAGUUGAAAACAGGAAAGCUGGUGUCUCUGAGUGCACAGAACCUGGUGGAUUGCGCAACUGAAAAAUAUGGAAAUAAAGGAUGCAAUGGUGGCUUCAUGACACAGGCUUUCCAAUAUAUCAUUGAUAACAACGGCAUUGAUUCAGAAGCUUUCUAUCCCUACAAAGCCAUGGAUGAAAAGUGCAAGUAUGACUCAAAAAAUCGAGCUGCCACAUGUUCUAAGUAUACUGAACUCCCCUUUGGCAGUGAACAUGCCUUGAAAGAAGCUGUGGCCAAUAAAGGACCUGUGUCUGUUGCUAUAGAUGCGAGCCAUUCUUCUUUCUUCCUCUACAGAAGUGGUGUCUACUAUGAUCCAUCCUGUACUCAGACUGUGAAUCAUGGUGUACUAGUGGUUGGCUAUGGUAACCUUAAUGGGAAAGACUAUUGGCUUGUGAAAAACAGCUGGGGCCUUAACUUUGGUGACCAAGGAUAUAUUCGGAUGGCAAGAAAUAGUGGAAAUCAUUGUGGGAUUGCUAGUUAUCCCUCUUACCCAGAAAUCUAAAGGAUCUCUUCAUUUUAUAACAAGUCAAAAAAAAUGAAACACUUUCUCUUAACUUAAUUUUACCUGCUGUGUCCAGUAGAAAUAAGUGUGUUAUGAUCAAUGCAUAUUUACUGUACUAACUGAAUGUAUAGUUUAAUUGUUCCUCUUUUUAAAUUUACCACAUCUUGGAAACAAAUUUGCUGAGUAAAUUACUAAUGUACUAUAGAUACUGUAUGAGAAUUGGUCAACUUGAGACAUUCUGUCAUGUUUGUCAUUGUCUUGUUUUCCACUUUCUCUUUUUAAAUCCCCUGAUAUCCUUUUGUAACUUGAUGGCAUAUAAGUGCUUAAUAAAUAUCUGUCUUUCAACUUUG